CCAAAUAAAGAAGAAGAAGUCUCCUCUUCCUCUGCUCGCAGCUGUUUCUGUCACUGACUCUCUCUCAGUCAGUCAAUGCUUCCACUUUAGUUAGUGUGUUUUUAGGUUUUUAUUGAAGCUCUCAGGUAUUAAAGAUGUCCGGGGAGCUGCGGGCACAGCUGGAGGAGUUUCUGCAGACUUUAAACAUCCAGACGAGCUGCGUGGAGCAUCCGCCGGUGUUCACAGUGGAGGAGAUGAUGCCUCACCUGCAGGAAGUCAGCGGAGCAGUCACUAAGAAUCUGUUCCUGAAGGACAAGAAGAAGAAAGGACUGUGGUUAGUGUCUGCUCGCCACGACCGACAGGUCAACCUCAACGAUCUCGCCAAGAAGCUCGGCGUCGGCAGCGGGAACCUGCGCUUCGCUGACGAGGCGGCCAUGCUGGAAAAACUCAAGGUGGGUCAGGGCUGUGCCACGGCUCUCGCUCUGCUCUUCGAUAAAGAUCACAGCGUGAAGUUCGUGUUGGACCGCGACCUGGUGGAAGGAAGCCACGAGAGGGUCUACUUCCACCCGAUGACCAACGCCGCCACCAUGGGCCUCCGACCGGACGACCUGCUGCGCUUCCUGAAGGAGACGGGACACGAGCCGGUUCUGGAGAGCUUCGAGUAGAAACCGGAUCAGGACGAGUGUUGUCUGAUCAUUAAUGGACCAGAGAUCAAUCAGACCACAUUUAAUCCAGUUCUUCUUGUUUUAAUUGCUCAUUUAUGUUGUUUACCAAAUAUAUGUCAAAAAAUCACUAUCGGAGUAUUUUUACAAUUUUUACUAUCUCUCUCUCUCUCUCUCUCUCCUCUCUC